AUGUACUUCUUUUUUGUUUUAGUCUCGCUGAUGGUGGCUAACCCAGCGUUAGCAUACCUUUCAGCGGGCAUGAAGGAUCAGUUUCUUUCGGACAUGCUGCUGCGCGAGCUGGUCGAUCGGAUGGGCAAGGAUUUAGCGGAGGCGGCCGACUCGUACAUUGAUCCGGCCGCCAUGGACGAGCUGCCCGCCAGCCGUCUCGCACUGAUGGCGCGUGUGACGAAGGAUCUAGAAUCCGAGCAGCUCGAUUACGAUGCACUGCUGGACGGUUCGAAUCCGAACCCUUCGCCGCGUGAUCAGGAAUAUCUGCAGCACAGCUCCUUGUGGGGACACCAGUACGUGUCGGGUGGUGCAGGCGAAGGACCUAACCGUCCGAAGCCACAGGUGAAAACCGAUGCAAGCUUGCCGGCGUACUGCAAUCCGCCGAAUCCGUGCCCGGUCGGAUAUACCGAAGAUCAAGGCUGUACCAUGGAUUUCGAGAAUACCGCUGCGUUUAGCCGUGAGUAUCAGGCGGCACAGGACUGUAUGUGUGAUGCGGAGCACAUGUUUAACUGCCCGGCAGCAUCACAGAACGAAGGCAACCCGCAGAUGGACUCCGAUCUGGAAAACUUCAUUGCUCGCCAGUUCCACACGCAGGAGCAUAAGAACUUGGUAGCCAAAAAGUUUCACGUCAAGAAGAACUACAACCCAUUCUUGCAAGGAGAAAAGCUUCCGGUCGCUGCCAAGAAGGGAUUCAACGUGAAUGUUUAG